UCUAUUAGGUCUCCAAAUAAGUUCCGGGUCAAAAUUGAUAACUUUGUUCGCUGCGUAUCGAUUUUUAUGAAACUUUGGGAAUUUAUGUUAUCAACUAUGAUCUUUCAUUUGACAAUAGUCACAAAAUUUUUUGACCACCCCAAGUGUCCUAACUCGGAGCCAAUUUUUUCAGGCACUUUUCUGAACUCGCUUCUUUUCAACUUCCAAUUGAGCUUUGUGUGCGGAUUUUGCUU